AGAGAGCUUUCCAACUCGAGGAGCUUAUCAUUUAUUGAUUUUAAAAACAAUUAUCGUAAAAGUGCUGUGACUAGAUCAAUCAAGUUAUGAGUACUUGGACGUUAUUGUUUGUAUCAGUUACAAUAAAUCAUGACCGACCGGAGAAACAUCGGUUUGCAUCGCAUAGCAGAUGGUGUGAGAGAUAACGGUAGUCAAAGCAGAAACUCCAAAGUUUCGAAAAUGAAAACAAAGAGACGAUUGAUCGGACUUAAUGAUUCACAGUCUCCUUCCUGCAACAAUUCCCACAACUGUCGUAAAGAUUAUACAACCCCAAAACGUCGACCAAGAAUCAGAUUUGAUAGUUGUUAUAGUGGAGAUUCACCGAAUGAGACUGAAUCCCUGCAAGACAUCAUCUGGGAUCCAAAUUCACCUACACAAAACUUUAAUGGAAAGGAAGUCAAUGGCAAAGUCAUUGAGAUUUCAGAGAUUGUCAAUAGGAUUGCACCAAAGGUUGAGAGGCCUAAUGAAAGAGACUGUGUGCUUCAAUGGAUUGGAGACAAUGCCAUACCCUGUACUCCAGAGAUUAGACAGCCCAGAAUCAGGAGGAUCUCAUCACGGCAAAGCAAUGUUGAGGACCUCAUGAAACUUGCCAAGCAGUUUGACAUCAACAUGACUCGCAUGACUACAGAAGUAUACAAGCCGCAACACGAUGAACCACGAAGGGUUAAACCCGCAUCCGUCCCUGUCACAUCAGAAGGAAUAGCCGGUUGCUUUUCCCAAGCCCGACAGGAAGAGGAGGAGCUUCAGGCUCUGUUUGAUGGUCCCACUCAGCACUUAAGUGGUAGACUAAGCCCACCGUCAGCACACUGCACACCAGAAAGCAAAACCGCCCCGGUGGCUCCUGCUGGACCAGGGCCAUGUUCUGCAACCAUCAAGAAGACACCUGUAGACACACCGAAAGCAACUAAUGUGGACUUUGAUGACGACUGGGAAAAUGAUGACCUUCUCAAUGACUCUUUUGUGUUGGAGAUGACACAGAAUCCAAUGCCUUUGAACGUUGCCCAGAAUAAGAGUAUCGCUCAGCCUGUGGCCAAGACUCAUCUCUCUGUAUCUCACGUCAAAGACGUCCAUCUACAGAAUCAAAAGAGCACAGUGAAAAGUUGCACAUUUACUAAAAGCCAAACGUCUGUCCAAGGCACUUCUAGGGUUAAGUCACAUGCUCCAACUACUGAAAAGCUGCUAAAGACAUUGAUUCAACAACCAGCGCAGUCAUCUCCGCAUACAGAGCUUCACAAAACUACCAAAGGCGAUGAAUGCUCCGGCCAACCCUCUACUUCUAAUUUUGAUGGGGUUUCGAAGGAGGACUUGAAAUCUCUGUUUGAUUCUGACGCUCUGUGGAACGACAAGGACGAUGAUGAUCUUCUGUGGCAGGCUUGCGAUGACGUAGAGAAAACCUCUGCAAGUCAGGAACAGCAUAAACACAGCAUGGACUUCACAGAGCUAGCGCACAAUACAUCUAAAGCAACUUCCUCUGCUGGCUUCACUCAUGCGCAAGCUGUGAAUAUUACUAAGAAGAACCUUUCAGGAGAAACCACAAAGUCCACACGUGCUUUCAACCGUUCCAAUUCGGUACCAAGUUCCAGCUCUGUGUUUAAACAGGACUACAAUGCGCUAAACGCGGAGACAGCUAAAGAUCCCACUGGAUUGAGAAGUUACCAGUACAGGCAAGCACAAAACAAACUGACUGAAGUGAAAAGUGCCUUACAACCCAGACCUGAUUCUGGCAGAACCAAUGACACCUCACUGACGACCAUCCCACAAAACACAAGACAGCCAAAUUCCUCUAACGCCCUCCGUGGUGCAUUUAAAAGACAUCUGUCUGACUCUGUGACACUAACUAACAAAGUCUUUGUUUCAUCCAAUACGACAGUGAAAUGUUCAGCUGCUGAGAUUGAGAGGAAGAAGCAGGAAGCAAUAGCAAGGAGGAAAUUACGCAUGCAGGCCAGCCAAAAACAAGAAGCUCCUAAAUAGGACGGCACAGUGAAUAAUAUGAAUGUUCUGUACUGUAAUGGACUAAUUAUGUUAUUGUCAUUAUAAAGCUGCUACACCAUAAACAUCACAGUAAAGCUAUGAAUCAUAUACCAUGAAGAUUUGAUUCCAGUCCUCCAAAGCUGUUACCGAUUUAUAGUUAAACGCUAAUAAGUUUCUUCUUUCAGAAUUGUGUACUGCAGUGUUGUAUCUGUUAAGGAAAAAAGUAUUUAAAAAAAGAAAGUAAAAAAGCCACUCAGUAUUAUCUGUAGUAUCGGAGUUCUGCGAAGUGUAGUGUUUUCAAGAAUCUGUAUUAUAUAUGUCAUCUGUAUUAUAAUGUAUAAAAAAUUAAAGUAUAUGCAGAAUUACAAAUGGCAGGUCCGUUUCAGUUGGUCAAAAAAUUGGAUCUAGUUUUCCAGUCAUCGCUGACAAUUACAAGACCAUUUACACGUUGUAAACGGUUGACAAAUACUUGAAUUUUUGUUGAUAAACCUGGAGGUCCUUUUUUAUGUACCUUGUUGUGUCUAUGUUCCACAUUUUUUGUUAAAACGUAAUUAUGGCCUUAAUAGAAGAGGCAAAUAAACGAAACAAAAAAGAAA